UUACCUUUCUUACCUACUAUAACGAUUCUUACAAGUCGUCAGUGAGUUCACUAGCCUACCAGCAAUUGCUCAUAACUCUGCUUACGCACUUAUAUGAGAAGUCCUGGCAUCAUUUAAUUAAUUUUCAUCUCUUUUGAGUUUUCGCCUGACAGCAAAGAAAAAACACAAACAUUGGAGCAGCGAUAGUCGAGCAGUUUUCUAUUUUCCAUACAUUAUUUAUAAACAAAUUCAAAUACUCGCAAAGGCAUACUUAAGCAGACCAUUUUGAUCGAGAACCCCACAAUGACGGAUUGGCAAGACUUUUUUGGUGCCUCCGACUGGAAUCUGGAUUUUAUGCGUGCACUGUUUGCUGAAUUUCUCGGCACCUUCUUUUUCGUUUUACUCGGCAUUUUGUGUACUCUAUUUAAGCCAAGCGAAACGGAGUGGCCAUAUGCCUCGCCUGUGCAAGUGGCAUUCACAUUGGGCUGCACUACAUUUUCGGUGUCGCACUCACUUGGUAAUAUUAGCGGCGCACAUCUCAGUCCAUCUGUGAGUCUUGCAAUAUUCUUAGUGUGCGGCAUGAGUCUGCUUUGUUUUAUUGGAUAUGUAAUUGCUCAAAUACUCGGCGGAUUGGCGGCAACUGCAAUCAUUUUAUCAAUACUUGAUAAAGAAAUGUACCAGGAUCAACGUCCUUUAAGGCCCUCGAUGGGUACCGAGUUGUUGGAACUCUGCAUCGUCAGCUUUAGCAGCAUUUAUUUGGAUAAUCAUGGCAAUUGUAAAUACCGAGCGGCGAAAUGAAGAUGCAUACGGAAAUGGCUCGUUUGCAAUCGGCUUUGUUGUCUUGGGCUCCUAUUUAAUUGCAAUUCUUCUAUCUGGUGGUGGCGU